UUACGUCAUCGUUUGGCUGCCAUCAAGCAAGAUCUGAACUCAAGCCCACAACGAAAUCCAAUGAUUUGCCAAAAGAUACGACAUCAGCGGUCGGCAACACACAACACACCCCUCAUCAAAGAGGCACGUCGUAGACAAUCUGAAAACAGCCGUAAAAGACGAGAGCGAGGCUAUCCAUCACAAAUCUAUCCUUCUUGCUUCGCUGAAAACUAAAGUGCUACAUCACUACUAAUUACCAUCAGCCAAGAAAUACUGCAACUACCGUUCCACCACCAUGACAAGACUUUUAUUCACCGCACUUCUACUGGUCCUUUAUUCGUCCGCCUUUGCCAAGAAAGACUACAAUAAGCCCCAUGGCCAUGGUCCUGUUUUGUCUCCCUACAAACCAGGUAAAUUUGAGGGCCUUUCCUUGAAUAAGAGCGAAGAAAAGAAACUCGCCGAAGGAAAAUCAGUAAUGAAGCAAUCCAUGCCAGACCCAAACGAUCCUAAUCCAGCUGGGGGCGCCAUUUGUGUUCAAGAUAUCCAAGCGCCACUAGAUGCUGUCUGGAGCCAGAUUUUGGACCUUGACAACUACAAGAAAAAGGUGGCCAAAGUAUUGGAAUCCAAGAACUACAAAGUGGCACCUCAAAAGGAUGGAAAAUACCAGAUCAAGACCAAGAUGGUCAUGGGUGUUAUGCCGGGAUACAAGUACACAUCUUUUUAUGAUCACACUUUCCACCCCAGAGAAGGAUCCAUGACUUGGACUUUGGACUAUGACAAGACUAGUGAUUUUGAUGAUGUGUCUGGACACUGGCAUGUCGCGGAACACCCUUCCAAACCUGAUUGCACACGUGUUUUCUAUGCCUGUGAUAUUAAGAUGGCUGGAUCUGUCCCCAAACCUAUCAUAAACUUUAUUGGCAAAGUGGCUCUGAAGCAGGCAACGUCGUGGGUGAAGAAGGAAAGUGAGGGUUCCCCCGUCGCAAAUCUUCCUAAACCGUUUGACUCUGCCAAGGAUGCUAUCCUUUCAAAAUAAGCACGGUUUGGAAGGAAGGGAAACUUCUUGAGGCCCCAACUUUACCACCACAAGCUAUUUAUUCUACCACUAGUAGACAGAUUUAUUGUAAUGGAAGCUCGUCUGAUCGUCGUG